AUGUCUCUUCAGGAGGAACAACGGAAUAAGAGAGUGACAGAAGUGUUUCAAGAGUUCCGACGGAGAACUGCGAGGUCUCACCAUACCAUGGAUGAUAAACUGUUAGAUGUUACAAAACAGUGUGAGGAAGCAACUAGAGAAAAAGGUACAAUGGUUGUGAAAUUUGCACAGGCAGAACAUAAAAAUCUGGAGUUCCAGAAACAAGCUGAGAUAGCAGAAAACAAACUCAAGGAAAUGGAGAAGGAACGCGAUGCAUUUUUAUUGCAGAUGAGAGCAGUAAAAGAACAGAGGUCCAAAUUAGCUGCUGGGGUUGAAGCAAAGAAUGCAGAGAUGUCAGAUAUACAAAGAGAACUGGACAGACAUAAAGAGAUGGUGUCUUCAGCUGAUGUGAGGGUCAAGUGUACUCAGAAUAAACUGAAAGUAGAACUUGAAACACACAAGGAGACAAAGAUUCAGUUAGAGAAGAUGACAGUAAAACUGAAGGAAGCGAAGGAGGAGACACAACAGAUCAGACAGGAUUGUCAGGCCAUCAUCAAAACAUACCAGGAAUCAGAGGAGGUAAAAUUUAACAGUUUGGACAAGGAACUCAAGUUGAAGGAAUCAGAACUUCUUGAGAGAGAAGUACAAAAGAACAAUUUUGAACUUGUAAGUGUUCUGGUCAAAAGUGCACCAUUUAUAAAUAAUUAA